AGUUGUUGGGUUGAUCAGCAGCGAAGCCCAAAACCGAAACACGAGAAAUAUAAAACCGAGCUCCGUCCCCGCCUUUUCCAUCUCUCUCUGAAAUUGCUUCGUCCGUCGCACCGGCGAAGUCGUCACCUUUCCGUUAUCGACCAGCGCGACCUGUUAACUAGACAUGAGUACGCUUGAUGUGCCCAUGGAGGAUAGUAGCGGUGGUGUCCGACCUAAGGCUCAAUUGAAGCAAAUGGGGCCUGCAGAGAAGGAGGCAUCUGUGCACGAAGAAGUCAAGAGAAUGCAGAGGCUGCCUGCACACAGCUCCUAUGUUACGCAUCGAUUGCGGGUUCUUAAUAAGAUUCUGCAGCUCCUGUCCAUUCAGAGAACUACUUCACAAGAUCGGGAGUUGGAAUUGCUUUUUGCGGGGCUGUCUCUAUGAACUGAACCUUUCAAGGCAGUGCAAUGCGACAUUGCAUCUUCGCUCCUUCUGGGUUGCAGAUUUUUCUUUUUCUUUGCAGUUGUAGCUGAGGAACAGGUCGGGAGAGGGAGAAAAUUAUAAGACAGAUCGGCAUAAAUACCCGGGAUGAACUCUGCUGUCUGCACCACUUUUCUGAUCCUAUUGGAUAGCUUAUUAAUGUCUGCUCUAUGCUUCUCAUAUUGAAUAUUACUUGGUUCAUCAGAAUAUUCAAGCGAGAAAAGAUGAGCAAGAUAUUUGUAUUUAGUUUGAGGAUUCUAAACAAGAAUUUCCAUGUGUUGGCAAAUUGGCUUGUCUGGGUUUCUAAUUCAGUUGGUGGAUUUGUAAUGAACCACUUGCAUUCAAAGAAAGGAUAGCCAAGAGAAAGAGAGGAUUUAGAGUGCACUACAC